AUGGGCGACCACGUCCUCUUCUUCUAUGGAACCCUGAUGGUUCCGCAAAUCCUGUUUAAAGUAAUCUACGGCCAGGCAAACCCAGAACCCUGGCAAGAAGCCAUGCUCCGCUUCCAACCCGCCAUUCUACACGGGUACCGACGGCACCGGGUGCAGGAUGCCGAUUUCCCAGGCAUCGCGGCAGUGCCAAAGUCAGCAGUUGAGACGGAGAAGUCAUCUGAUCCGAAAACCAACGCUGGGACAUCUGUUAUAGGAACCCUCGUGUCGGGACUUACAGACGGCGACCUUUACCGACUGGAUAGGUUCGAGGGGUCUGAUUAUGACAAGAGACUGGUCGUUGUGCGCCCGCUGCAGGAGUCGCAUGGUGAUAACGGCCAGUCUGGCGAGGGGAGUGCUCCUGAGAGCCAGCUGCGCGAAAUGCUGAAUGCGGCAGGUGUUGAGGUUACUGAUAAGGGGAAGGAGGAGGAGAUUUCGGCUGUGACUUAUGUGUGGACAGCUGGGAAGGAUAUGCUCGAGGAUACGGAAUGGGAUUUUGAGUCGUUUAGGAGGGAUAAGAUGGCGUGGUGGGUUGGGGUUGGGGCGAAUGAGAGUGAGUGGUAG